AUGGUCCGACCAACAGCGUUUCACUGCGUCUGGGCCUUUGGACUUUGCGGACUUUACGGCUCGCUUGCGGACGCCGUCGUGGCCAAAUCCACAAACGGUUCGUCGCCGGCGAAUCUGCGGAAUAGUGUCGACGGAUUGGAAACCAGCCAAACUCGAGUCAACCAAGUGGACGGUUACCGGGUUACGGGUUCGGGUUCGGACAACCGCGUAUCAGGAAAAGAUUACGGUGGUGGUUCGGCGGGCGGAUAUCCGGCGGAAAACUCUUAUGGUCCACCUAGGGAUUACUACUACGACGAACGACCCGAGUACUUCAGCCCUUACGAUCAGGCCGGUCACCACCUUCAGAGCAACGGACCACCGCCAGAGGUGAUUUAUCAUCAGCAUCCCAACCCUCAUCUGCAGCAUCAUCAUCACGGCGGUGGAGAGGUCCAUAACUCCGGAGAGUUAAACGUACAGCCGUUGCUGUGGCCUUUGGCCGGAAUCGCUCUACUUGGAGUGCUGUCAGCCCUCGUCAAAACCCCUUUGCUGUUGCAGUUGGGUCACAUAGGCCGCCGCCGCCGCCGCCGAAGAGACGUGAACUACAGUGAUGGAGGAAUUGCCGCGGAAACGAUCAAAUCGCUUUUGGAAAAGUUCAACCACAAGGAACGACAAGGGGUGGAUCAAAAAGCAUGUAUGGUGUGCAACAUAGUGGCGAGUAUUUACAAUCAAAAGUCCACUUGCAUUGAGAGGUCCAUCUGCGAAGUAAUGUCUCGGAAUAGACCAGACGAGUCAGAAACAGACAAACGAUUGUUGACCACAACCAUCGCACAAGUCGUCGGAAACCCUCAAAUCCCCCAAGAUUUCAAGAAGCGUUUGGAAACAGCCGAGAGGAUUGGCCGGAGUGGAUCCAACUGUAGACAGUUAUAUCAGUGCGGAGAGGGUGCACCGGAAAAGGUGCUCAAAUAA